AUGCUUUCUGAACUUCCAACAGAGCUUUUGUUCUGGAUUUGCAGAUAUCUUCAAACGAAUCACAUUCUGAACUUAUGCCUGAUCUGUCGCCGAACCAGUCUCAUUUUCACUGAAGCGCUCUUCCACUCCCUUUUGGUUGAUAAAGUCUCGCCGCUCUUUGGUGCCGUGACGGCCCAAAGAUUGGAUAUUGCAGCGCGAUUCAUCAAAGAAUACCACGUGAAUAUCGACUUUGAAUACGCAGGGAAGAAUAUGCUUCUUCUUCUUCUUGCUAUUGACCUGCAAUACCCAGAGGCCGUGGGUCUGAUACUCAAAUAUCAGCCUAAUCUUCGCUCCUCUUGCGACCUUGGCGGUCGAGGCCCACUGUCACUUGCCGUGGUUGGCGGUGAUGCUCCUAUUGUCGAGCGCUUCUUCAAUGUCAAGAGAUUGAUGUCACGGAUCAUCUCGGCUGGACGCCGCUUACAGCAUGCAAAUCCUGAGAGGCACCAUAUCGCAGUGGAGAUGCUGGUGACCCACACGGGAAUUGAUGUCAACUGCCAAAGCUCACAACAUGAUCCACAUCUCGCGUUGGCUGUGAAGAAGCUCCAGGGACAGCAAUCUGUCCGCAUGGUUGAGUCUCUCCUGUUACAUCAUGAAAUUUAUGUGAAUCUGUCAGACUGCAGAGGACGAACGGCUCUAUGGCACGCUGUCAACCGAGGCCACUACGACCUCGUGAAACUUGUUCUGCGCCUGAGUCGCUUGAAGUUGACUGAACCUGACAGAUAUGGGGUGACGCCAUAUAAUUUCGACGAGACAGGCUUCGCAAUGGGCCUUACUGCAACUGCUAAAGUGAUUACACGUACAGAAUACUAUGGGAAACUUGCACUUUUACAGCCUGGAAAUCGUGAAUGGGUGACUGUGAUUGAAUGUAUCAGUGCAGCCGGAUAUGUACUUUCACCCUAUAUUAUCUUCAAGCACAAAUCCUUGAAUUUAGCAUGGGCAGAAGGCCUUCUACAGGAUUGGAUAUUGGAUAAUAGUCCAAAUGGAUGGACUUCAGACGAAAUUAGCCUAUGUUGGCUUCAAAAAGCGCUGAUUUCGGAUAUAUCACACUCACAAGGUGGAUAUCAGUUUCUUGUUCUCGAUGGACAUAGUAGCCAUUUAACACCCAAAUUCGACGAAAUUUGUGCUGCAAAUAAUAUUAUACCAAUUUAUAUGCCUCCACACUCCUCACAUCUUUUACAGCCACUUGAUGUUGGCUGUUUUGCGGUUCUAAAGCGAGCAUAUGGACGAUUGGUAGAAUCAAAGACUCGUCUUGGCUUUAACUAUAUUGAUAAAUUCGGCUUUCUUAUGGCUUAUCUAAGUGUAGGUGUAGAUAUAUUUAAGCUAAAUACUAUUUAA